CCGUUCCCGGCAACGGCCGCCUUCUCCAGGAAGUCGUUUCUGACUCCCUAGCGGGCAGCGUGCUCGUCGUGGCCACUUGCUCCCCUCUCCUGUCCAAGAUGCUGUCCGCCGGAACUCCUGCCGCUUCGCGGAGGGGCGGGACGGAUUUUACCUGGAUGCCCGCUGGGCCUGGUAGUGUGGUAGGAGAGGAGCCCCGAGCGUACUGUGGAAUUAGAAUAUUUAGUAGCUUUGUAUUCUGGUUUGAUGAAGAAACAGAGAGCAGUGAUGAUGUGGAAGUUCUCACUGUCAAGAAAUUCAGAGGGGACCUGGCCUACAGACGCCAGGAGUAUCAGAAAGCACUGCAAGAGUAUUCCAGUAUCUCUGAAAAAUUGUCAUCUACCAACUUUGCCAUGAAAAGGGAUGUCCAGGAAGGCCAGGCUCGCUGUCUGGCCCACCUGGGGAGGCACACGGAAGCACUAGAGAUCGCUACAAACUUGGAAAAUAAAGCAACCAACACAGACCACUUGAGCACCGUGCUCUACCUCCAGUUUGCUAUUUGUUCAAGUUGGCCAAACUUGGAGAGAACCAUCUCCUGCCUGCAGAAGCUGAUUGCUCUGCAUCCAUUUGACCCCUGGACCUGGAGCAAGUUGGCAGAAGCUUACCUGAGCCUGGGCCCAGCUCCCUCAGCAUCUGUGGCAUCACCGCAGGGACAUGAUGGUUUCCUUUCCAGUGACGAAGCUGUCAAAUCUGCCUUUCCACACUUGGGAAGAGACUGUCUUUUGUGUUUACCUGAACUCUUGCCUCAGAGCUCUGUGUUUUCCAUCAAAGCAAGAAGCAGUAAUGGCCAGAAAUAUGAGAACACUUUGAAAAGUAUCCCGAGCUGUAUGGCAGAAAAGAGAGAGGCUGUGUUGCCAGAGACUCUGGUGAAAGCCUGCGCCUCUUUGAUUCGAGCCAGGCUUUUACUUCAGCUCACGGAGUCUCAGCAGACGUCGUUUGCUUUGGAGAAGAACUUAAGAACUCAGCAGGAAAUUGAAGACAGAAUGAAAGGGUUCCACUUCCCAGAGGACACCCUCCUGCGGGUCACUGAGGUUAUGGGAGAAGAUAUCGUUCCAGAAAAAAUGAAAGAGGGAGUUCACGCAGCGGUGAAGGGCACUGGUGUUGUGGGCCUGGCUGGCUUGGUCACUGCCUCUGUGGAAGGGUUUGAGGACAAGUGGUUCGGGAAGCUCAGAGGCCACUUCUGCUCCUUGGAGAGUCACUUCCACACCGAGAAACGGGUCUUGGCUUAGAGACCAUUUAAGUACAAACAUCAUGCACUGUAUUAAUCGUCCAUGUUUACUUCAGAUGGUGUCUUCCGCUAAUUGUGCAAAAUACUGAAUUAAAAACGAUUCUUU